AUGCCGCCGGUGUCGUCGUCGACGUCGAGGCCGGCGUCGCUGCCGUCGUCGCCGCACAGGCCGGCGCUCCGGCCGGGCAGCCUGCAGCGGCUGCUCCGGCCGCCGGACCCCUCCGACGACGACGGCGCCGCCCCCACGGCGCCCCGCUCCUCCCGCGGCGGCGGCCGCGUCCUGCUCCAGGUCACCAACAUCACCCCCGCGCUCUCCGGCGCCAACCCUUUCUCCGGCCACCACGGCUUCUACCUCCGCCUCUCCGACUCCGCGCGCUCCUGCUACGUCUCCCUCCACGCCGACCACGACGACCUCAUCCUCACCAACGGCCUCCACAUCGGCCAGGUCAUCGAGGUCGAGCACCUGGUGCCGUCCGUCCCGGCGCCCGUGCUCCGCCAUUUCCGCGUCCUCCCCGGCCGCUACCCCUGCAUCCAGCAGGAACCCGCCGACGACGCCGCCGCCGGCGGCGCCGCGGCGGAGAUCAAGGAGGUCGUGUCCGAGCGCCCGCGCCGCUCGUCGCCGACGCCCCCCAUCCCGGGCGAGAGGAGGGCGCGGCAGGCGGGCGGCGGCGGCUCCCCCUCUUCGAUCAGCUACCGCCACAGGUCACGGUCGAUAUCGAACUUGUCGGAGGCGGGCGCGGCGGCGAGGAGGAGCGGCGCCGCCGUCCUGGGGAAGCUGAGGAAGGUCAGCGUCACGUCCAUCGACGGCACCAGCACCGACGACGACGACGAGGAGUCCGACGUGUCGUCGCUGUCCUCGGCGAGGAGGAACUGGGAUUUCACCGGAGGCGUCAAGGACAGGAGGCCCGUCGCUCCACGGAGACGCGGGAACAGCGUUUCUCCAAGUAAAUCCGGCCCAAACUCUACUAUCACGCAGAAUGAUGAUCCGAUGGAGUCGGUGAGGAGGAAAGCCGAGAAGGCAUUCAACGUGCUCUCCAAGAGGGCGUCUGCUAAGAUGACCAGAGAAAGCUCUAAUUGCACGGUGGCGACGCCGCAGAGCGCUGCGGCGUCGAGCAGCAUCAAGUGGUGUGAGAGCAAUGUGAUGUGGAGCACACUUUCAUCAAGCUUGCUGAAGCAUGGAAAGGAAGCAGUGAAGCAGAGAGAUAUGGCACUGCAGGCUGUGCUUGAUGGAUUGCUAGAGGCAUCUACCACUGAGAAAUUGAUAAAAUGCCUGAGUACUUACUCUGAACUACAAUCUGACAAGGAAGAAAACCCAAAGGAGCUCAUCGACAGGUUCUUGAAAUUCUCUCAGGAACUGGAUCAUGCUAUCUUCAUCGCCCAAUCACAGACCAAAAUUAGGCAUGUAAAAGCAUGUGGUUCCAAUUCAACAUCCUCAGCUUCAACCAAAGCUGCUUUGAAGGCUGCAUUGGAUAGGAAGCAGUCUGCCAUCUUAUGGAUCAGAGAAGCCAUUGAAGCAGACCUCUCACCUUUUUCUAGCCAUACAAGACCCACUGAAUCACCAAAGCUAUCACUGGCAGAGUCAAAGCCUAUGACCCCAUUGUUCUGUUGUUCCAAGCCAAAGUGCAACUGCAGCAAAAGGUCCUCAAGGAAAGCAUCUGAUGGUUCCUCUCAAGGAAGUAACAUGAGUGCUGCCAUGGACCUGGCUGUAGCACUGAGAUCAGAGUGCAACUGUUGGUUCCUCAAGUACAUCGACAAGUUCUUGGACGAUAUCGAAAGCGAGACCAUGUAUGCACCAUGUGAUUCCCAAGUUGCAGGCCUUCUGCAGCAGCUUAAAAGGGUGGAUGACUGGCUCAACCGUGUCGCGCUACAUGAGAGGAUGCUUUCGGUUGACCGAACAAACAAGGAUAUCAUGUUUUCUGAAGAAGAGGAGAGCGAUGCGUGCGAGAGGGUACGGAGAAAGAUUUAUGGAGCCCUUUUAAGGCAUGUUCAAUAUGCUGCAAUGGCGCUAGAAGGUCUAAAUGGUGUAAUUGAUGAAGAGAAGGACGAGAGAAAAUAACAGUAACUGUGCAAAGAGCUUUAUCAAUAUAUAGAAUGAACAAAUAAAUUUUGUGUAGCUGCAGAUAAUAUAAGUUUACCAUCGUCAGAAUUCUAGCUGGUAGAAGCAUGUUAGGCAUAACUUCCAAAUGCUGUCUGAUAAAUGUUGGAUGCUCUGAUGGUAUUGUUGCAACUAUUGCUAAUCUUGUCUGUGAUGAGACAUGGCAUCCAAAAACUAACAAUUGCCUCAAGUGCGACUUUAAGGCCA